ACACUUUGAAACUGUUCCAUGAUUUCAUUUAACUUUGAAUUUAGAUGAAUUGACAAUGGUAUAAGCUACCUCGUACAAACUUCAACUUUCACUUUUCACAUACAAGUGACGAAAUUGAUUGAAUUUUGAUAUUUGAAAGGCUUUCAAGAAGAGGGCCCCUAUCUAGUGUUGACAGCCAGCAAGAAGUACUUGGUAUCAGAAUACAGCAUGGCAUCAAGAGGCAGGCAGGAGACAUCAAAGUUGAAAUCAAACUUGGAGGAACAGUUAGAGCGACUGAUGCAACAACUUACAGAUUUAGAGGAAUUAAAGGAUGAUCUUGAUGCUGAAGAGUAUGAAGAUACAAAGAGUGAUACAAUAGAACAGUUGAAAGAAUUUAAAGAGUCCCUGGAUAAGAUGAUGGGUGGAGAUUUGAGUCUGGUUGAUGAGUUGAACAGUAUGCAGUUGGCUAUCCAGGCGGCUAUAUCAGAAGCUUUCAAAACACCAGAAGUUAUCAGAAUGUUUGCCAAGAAACAACCGGGUCAGUUACGGGAACGAUUGGCAGAAAUCCACAGGGAUGAGAAGAUUGGUAAAAUUCCCAAAAGUCAAGCAGUAGGUCAGUCUGUAGAAAUUUUAACAGCUCUGAAGAAAUUGGGAGAAACUUUAUCCCAAGAAGAGGAGGCAUACUUACAAAGUAACUCCAGUGCCAGUUUAAAGGAGUUUGAAAAAGUUUCAGAAACAUUAGCCUCUGGAGAUAAAGUGCUGGCUGUAGCAGGAAGUCAAGUACAGCAGGCCAACAAAUGAUCACAGCACCAUUAUACUUCCAUACUACUUCAUAUACAAUUGAAAUUCAUAUACAGUUGAAAUUCAUAUACAGUUGAACUUAGUUCACUUGAAUCCAGAUAAUUUGAACACCAUCCUUGGUUCGAACUCAUUGUCAGGUCACAGCAAAAUCCCUAUAUAGUGCAUUUCGUUCGCUAGCUCGAGGUACCGAUAACUUGCACAAAUUUUGCCGGUCCAGUGGAGUUCAAGGGAACAAAGUUUAACUGUACAGUUUGAAUUCAUAUACAGUUUGAAUACAAAGUGCCAAUUACUUAUCAGAGAUAGCAUGUUUUAGUAUCCUCAUGUACUUACGGUUUGACAUGUAACACAAAUCUGACAUAGAAAAUAUAUUAGACUUGAAAACUGAUAUCAAGCAUUUAUAAAGUCCACAAUGGUUGCAUCAUAUAUAUGUGAAAACUAAGCAGAAUCUUAAUUUUUUUUAAAUGCAAAAACAUUGAAAGGUUUUUAGGCUUCUGAAACCUGUACCUAUGAUAUAUAGAUGUAUUGCUUAUCUUACCACUAUUAUUGCUUGUUCACAAAUUCUUACAGGAGUUCAUGUCUUUGCCACUCCUGAAGCAAAUUAGAUGAAGCAAAUUAGAUAGAAACAUUAAUGUAUUAAAAAUGAUAUUACAAAAAAAGAAUUGCAGUGACUUGUACCGAGUCUAAUUAUAUAAUGUCAAACUUAAUUUGCUUGAACUCAACGUCCGGUCUCGGCAAAAUCCCGGUACAAUGUUUUUUGUUCGAUGGCUUGAACUACCAACAACUGGAAUAAAUUAUGCUGGUCCCGUCUAGGUCGAGCGAACGAAGUUAAACUGUAGUGACACUGGUCAGCAAGUUUCACUUUGUAUGAAAGGCUGGUUUUAUAAAAUACAAUUUUGUUUAUCAAAAUCAGUUAAUUGCAUUUUAAAGAAAAAGGUAUUGUUGAAAAAUCUGAUUUAAAAUGAAAUAGUUUUUGCAUAAGAGCAUUGGGAUAAUAAAAAUGAUACGUCAGAAUUCAGUGACACGUCAAAAUUUUUAUUAUCAAUGAAUUAUUCGACAUUGAAGGUGGUCACUGGUUGUAGAUUAAAAUGUUAUUCACACAGUGAAAUUCUGUACAUAUACUUAUAUCAGUAUGGCAUUCAUAUAUUUCAAGUGGGGCAAUUUGUUAUACUUGACAACAGGAAAUAUCAGCUGUUGUGAUGUUUGUAUGUGUUUUAUUUUUACCUGUAUAUGGCAUGUGCAAUACACAAGUAUUUGUAAUUGUUAAUUAUAAGCAAUAAACAUUACAGAAAACUGAAGGCUAUAAAUAUAUAUUUGUAAGAGUGACUUGUGUCCUCAGACCUUUUACCUCUUCUAAAACCAGCUGUUUGAUUAUUAUUGCAUUUUGGUGAAAUUUGACCUUAUGAAACCAGUAUAAUGUCUGUCUUGCACACUGAAGGCUAUAGAUUUAUACUUGUAAACCUGACCUGUGUGCUAUGACAUUUUACCUCUUAUGAAACCAGCUGUUAGGGUAGUAUUGCAUGUUGGUGAAAUUUUAUUGAUGUAAUGAACCCAGUAUAAUGUCUGUCCUGCACAUGACUAUGCAAACUAAAUGGUACUGCAGACAGAAAACAGCCUUACAUAGACCUUUCUCAGGUCUGUUCAAAAGAACCCAAAAUAGAUAAAAAAAACUUUAAAACAACAUCUUGUGAAUCACAUGACGGAUCUUUACCAAACUUGGUCUUCGGCAGGAAAUACGCUAAAUGUCUGUGAAGAGUUACAUAAUGGCAUUAUUAUAAAUAAUUAUGAUUAUCGCUUUAUGACUAUUUGUACUUUGUUAUAUAUUAUGUGAAUUUUGUUUUUCAAGUAUUAGUUAUAUUGAAUAUUAUUUGUAAAUAGGUGGAUUUUAAUUUAGGCUAGUCUGGUAGAACACAUUGCUUAAUAAAACAUGAAUGUUAUGAAAGAGUUCAAAGUAAAAUGUUUUAGAAGUUUUCAACCUUCAGAGAGGCAAAAUCUUGUAUGGCUUUACUUGUAAAAACAACCAUUUUCUUGGAACAAAAAAGCUGACGUUUCAUAAAGAGACUGUAUGAUAAUUGAAGAUGUUUUGUUUGUUUACAAGCAGCAUACCUGCAGUGCUACAAUUUUAUUGAAAUUGAGUGUACACUUUAAAGGGACUAACCGACACAUUUUAGGCAAAAAACAAUUUCUCUCAAAAUCAAUAAAAAGUGAGUACGCUGAAAGUGACUAGUGGUACAAACUUAUUGACAUAAGAUUUUUAGCUCACCUGUCACAAAGUGACAAGGUGAGCUUUUGUGAUCGCGCAGCGUCCGUCCGUCCGUCCGUGCGUAAACUUUGCUUGUGACCACUCUAGAGGUCACAUUUUUCAUGGGAUCUUUAUGAAAAUUGGUCAGAAUGUUCAGCUUGAUGAUAUCUAGGUCAGGUUCGAAACUGGGUCACGUGCAGUCAAAAACUAGGUCAGUAGGUCUAAAAAUAGAAAAACCUUGUGACCUCUCUAGAGGCCAUAUAUUUCACAAGAUCUUCAUGAAAAUUGGUCAGAAUGUUCACCUUGAUGAUAUCUAGGUCAAGUUCGAAACUGGGUUACGUGCCGUCAAAAACUAGGUCAGUAGGUCAAAUAAUAGAAAAACCUUGUGACCUCUCUAAAGGCCAUAUUUUUCAUGGGAUCUGUAUGAAAGUUAGUCUGAAUGUUCAUCUUGAUGAUAUCUAGGUCAAGUACGAAACUGGGUCACGUGCGGUCAAAAACUAGGUCAGUAGGUCUAAAAAUAGAAAAACCUUGUGACCUCUCUAGAGGCCAUACUUAUGAAUAGAUCUUCAUAAAAGUUGGUCAGAAUGUUCACCUUGAUUAUAUCUAGGUCAAGUUCGAAAGUGGGUCACGUGUUUUCAAAAAGUAGGUCAGUAGGUCAAAUAAUGAAAAAACAUUGUGACCUCUCUAGAGGCCAUAUUUUUCAUGGGAUCUGUAUGAAAAUUGGUCUGAAUGUUCAUCUUGAUGAUAUCUAGGUCAGGUUUGAAACUGGGUCAACUGUGGUCAAAAACUAGGUCAGUAGGUCUAAAAAUAGAAAAAUCUUGUGACCUCUCUAGAGACCAUACUUUUCAAUGGAUCUUCAUGAAAAUUGGUCAGAAUGUUCACCUUGAUGACAUCUUGGUCAAGUUCGAAGCUGGGUCACAUGCCAUCAAAAACUAGGUCAGUAUAUCAAAUAAUAAAAAAAAACUUGUGACCUCUCUAGAGGCCAUAUUUUUCAUGGGAUCUGUAUGGAAGUUGGUCUGAAUAUUCAUCUUGAUGAUAUCUAGGUCAAGUUCGAAACUGGGUCAGCUGUGGUCAAAAACUAGGUCAGUAGGUCUAAAUAUAGAAAAACCUUUUGAACACUCUAGAGGCCAUAUUUUUCAAUGGAUCUUCAUGAAAAUUUGUCUGAAUGUUCACCUUGAUGAUAUCUAGAUAAAAUUUGAAACUGGAUCACAUGUUGCCAAAAUUAGGUCAGUAGGUAUAAAAAUAGAAAAACCUUGUGACCUUUCUAGAGGCCAUACUCUUCAUGAGAUCUUCAUGAAAAUUGGUGAGAAUGUUCACCUUGAUAAUAUCUAGGUCGAGAUCAGAACUGGGUCAUGUGCCUUCAAAAACUAGGUCAUUAGGUCAGAUAAUAGAAAAACCUUGUGACCUCUCUAGAAGCCAUAUUUUUCAAUGGAUCUUCAUGAAAAUUGGGUCAUGUGGAGACAGGUGAGCGAUUCAGGACCAUCAUGGUCCUCUUGUUACAAGAUAUUCUUAUAGAUAACCAAAAAUAUUGUGCAGCAGGUAGUAAACCAUUGCAAUGCAUUUGAAAUAAUACAGAAAAUUUACUUUCUUCUUGCAUUUUUACCAGUAUCUAGUUUUUAUUUUUACUCACUUUAUUAUUUUACAGUGACAUACAUAUAUGUUCUAUGCGAAACCCUAAGGCCCAGAGUUUAAAUAUUUGGCAUGUAGCAGUUUGUAUUUUUCCUCUGCUUGUAUCAUUAAUGCCCAAGGGGUCAAACUUGACCCCGUCCAGGUGUUCACAUGUUUUACAUAGACUUUAAUAUAUUGGAAAAACAUCAGAAAAUAUUUCUUGUCUGGAACCUUGAGCCAUGAAGCUUAGAUAUUUGGCUUGAAACAUUCUGUAGUGGUUGUCUGUGUGUUCAAUUUGUGCCCCUGAGUUCAAGUUUGCACCACCGGUGGGGUCAGUUGCCUUGUCUAAAACCUCAAGGCCUAAAGCUUAGAUAUGGAAUGCACUUGUACUUUUUUCUCUGGCUAUUUUUACUAGAAUUAUGGCCCUUUCUUAAUUUCACAAAACGGGUCAUAGUGAAGAAAUUUUGUGUGUUCAACUCCUCGUACUCUUUGAAGGAAUGGGUUCAAAGUUGCAUAGCUGAAGAACCUUUAUAUGAAAAUGUGCAGUAUGUGGGGGCAUCCCUGUCCUAUGGGCACAAUUCUAGUUGGUAAUCUAAAUUUCUAAUGUGUACAUACAAGAUGAAAGAAAGUUUAAAUUAUAAAAGCUGCAGCUGCAAGAAUAUGUCUUCCCGUGAUACUAUAUUUAUGUUUGUGUAUGUUAAGUUGCGUAUAGUCUUCAUUAUUUAUGAAAUAUUGUAUGUAUUUUAUGAUAAAAUUUAAUGUGUAAUUUAUGAUAAAUUUGUAUUUUUAUGAUAAUUGAAAUUCCAAUGUUAGUGAUUAGAUAAAUAAUAAAUUUUGUAAACUUA